CUGCUGUACUGCUCGCCCGAGGCACUCGGCAGCGAGAAGCUCCUCGGCGCCGUGGGUGCAUGCGCCAGGCGAGGCGACCUUCGGCUCGUCGCGGUGGACGAGGCGCACUGCGUCUCCACAUGGGGGCACGACUUUCGCGCCUCGUACCUGCGGCUCGGAGGCAGCCUGCGCGCCGCGCUCCCGCCGUCGGUGCCGCUGAUGGCGCUCACCGCCACCGCCACCGCAGCUGUGGCGCGGGACGUCUGCUCGAAGCUGCGGCUGCGAGACCCGGCGGCGGUGCGCGCCCCGAUGGACCGGCCCGAGAUCUUUUACGACGUGGUGCUCGUCGACGCGUUGCCGGAGGGGGAGACGCCGCUCGCGCACCUGCUGCGGAGGCUGCGGCGGGGCGAGGAGGGAGGAGGAGGGGGAGGGGCGGGAAGGGGAGGAGAGGGAGGAGGAGGAGGAGGCGGCGGCUCCGGCAUCGUGUACUGCGCGACGCGCGAGUCGACGGAGAGCCUCGCCGCGGCGCUGUGCGAGGCAGGCGUCUCUGCGCGCGCCUACCACGCAGGGCUGCCGCAGGCGGAGAGGCAGGCGGCGCAGGGCGCGUGGCUGGCCGGGACCUGCCGGUGCAUGGUUGCGACCGUCGCCUUUGGGAUGGGGGUCGACAAGGCGGACGUGCGCUUCGUCUUCCACUGGCCCCUCCCG